AUGGGCAGUAGUUGGGCGAGCAGGAUGGUUGCGGUUGGGAGUUUGAUAGGGUAUGGCGCAGGAGCAAUUGAUCUGAGGAGUGUGUUUGGGCCCAUGUUGGGAGACACGCAGUUCAAGCAGUUGACGGGCGUUGCAGCUUUGACGCUGUGCUUGGCCAUUGGGACGACAAGCUGGGCGGUUACUGAAAGAGUGCUUAUUAAUGACGGAGCUGAAGAGGGCAAGGAGCUGGAUCUCAAGCAAGUUCUCGGUACCAUCGCGCAUACUGCUUUGAACCUGCCCCGAAGUAUCCAAGCCAUCUGCACAGUUCAAUUCUGGGCUUGGAUUGGCUGGUUUCCUUUCCUCUUCUACAGCACGACUUGGGUUGGCGAGGUAUACCUACGGUAUGACGCGCCAGCUGAGGUCAAGGCAGCAGGUGAUCUUACGGGCAAGGUUGGUCGCAUUGGCUCCAUGGCCCUCAUCGCCUUUUCCAUUAUCACAUUCGUAAUGUCUGUUCUCCUGCCUUUCUUUGUACAAAGUCCUGAAGACGAUGAAAAGGGCCCUGGCUUCUCCCAUCCGCCUAAGCGGUUGACUGGGCUGGCCAAAUAUAAGCCAAGCCUACUCACAGCAUGGACAACUGCGCAUUGUAUUUUCGCAGGAAGCAUGGUCAUGGCGCCUUUCGUGAGAAGUCUGAGACAUGCGACUAUCAUCAUCGCUUGCUGUGGCGUAUCAUGGUCCGUAGCCUGCUGGGCUCCCUUUGCGUUUCUCGGCGUAGAGAUCAACCGCCUCAACACAUCGUCGUCGCACUCGACACACCCAAAGCGCUCCUCCAUCGACCUUCCUGAAGCGCAAUCCAACCUCGAAAAGGGUGCUGCAUCUUCCUCUAGCGGCGGAGCAAGCUCAGGCCAAUACCUCGGCAUUAUGAACCUAUAUACGACGCUACCACAAUUCAUGGGCACAGGGAUAUCGUGGGUAGUAUUUUCCAUCUUGGAGCCCGGAAAGAGUCCCGAGUUGAGUGAGGCGCCGCCCGAAGAACAUCAUAGCACGGAUGGGCCGAAUGCAAUUGCAGUUUGCUUGUUCAUUGGGGCCUGUUCGGCGUGUAUGGCGGUUGUUGCUACGAGGAGGUUGGGAAGAAUACAGGGAAGGCUGUAG